AUGUGGGCUCCACAGGACCAGAAAGCAAACAAGCUGGCGUGUGCGGCGUGGACAAAAAGGCUUCCUCUACCAGAGCAAGUGGUGACCCGAACCAUUGAAGUGCCUGCGGUAGGGAUUGAGGUGAUGCAAAUACAACCUGGAGCCCCUGACUGGGCAAGGGACAUCCUCAAGUAUUUGGAUAGCAGCGAAUUACUCGAGGAUAGACAAGAAGCCCAGAAGGUUAGAAGCCAAGCGGCAAGGUACACUUUGAUCGAAGGAGUCCUGUAUCGGAGAGGAGACGCAAUGCCUCCCUUGAGGUGCAUCUCCCAAAAGGAAGCCCAGUACUUGUUGGCUGAGAUACAUGAGGGAAUCUGCAGUAAUCAUUCGGGAGGAAGGGCAUUGGCAGGAAAGGCGAUGAGGGUGGGAUACUACUAG